AUGGAGUCUCCGUUGUUCCGGCUGCAAAGCCUACAGGGAGACCUGAUCGCUUUCUCAGAAUCGCGGCUUUCCAAUGUCGACAGGCUGUCGGCAGAGCUGGACGCAAGCAUCGAUGACUUACGCAGACUGCUUGACAAGAGCAGGAAGAGUGAGACGAGUCGGAAGGAACUAAUGCCCAACACGAGUCCGAUACCAGAGACUCUGAAGAUUGGCGGGUUGGAGUACAAGGUCAACACUGAAUUCAGACAAUACGCCGUCAAGGUGGCCGAUGAACUGGACCUGGAUGAGCUGGAAGCGGCACAGCUUUGUCUGAAUGUCGCAUCCGACGAUGCAGCGGACGAAGACUUGACGAUGCCGGACAGAGCUGUGCUUGAUUUUCAACAUCAGCGAUCCGCAGUGCUGGAAUGCAUGCGUUUGUUCUUGCAGCAGUAUAAUGAGAUCGAUGAUGUGGAUGAUCCUUACGUGCAAGAACUGUAUCAGGAUGCCAUAGGUGCAAUACUUACCAGUACGAGUGGGCCCCCUGAUGUAGGCACGGAGCUCUUCAGAAAGUGCAUCAAAGGCCUUGAAGAAGUCGAGACUUUCCUGAAAAGGGUCGCCGACGCCAAGCAAACGCGGUUGAUGACUGGGAGUACAUCGGCGGGUGAUCUCGCCGGUAGUGCUGAGUCUCAGCGUCUGUUACUCACCCGGCAACAUGAAAGCCUUGCUGCUGUUCUGGUCCUCCUGCUCAACGGCAGAUUUGGCAUCACAGAAAUUGACUACAGGCAGCUGAUAACGCAUGCGACGUCGGUUGAAACGACUGUCGACAUCGCGAUCCAUUACAUCCCAAUAUUUGUUGCAAGCGCAGCACGCUUCGGCGCUGGCCUUAACACUGACUUGAAGGUUGCAAAGGAGCUGCACCUCUUAUAUGCUUCAGGCCCGACACAGCUGCGGUGGAGGAUGCUAGAUCUUCGAGCCGCGGCGACAACGAUCUGGCUAGCGGGAUUCAGCCACCGUUUUGUAGAUCCGGAAACGGAGACUGAAGUCAAUGUCGCGAAAAGACAGCAAGCAGAACAGGAUCGUUCUGAUCUGUUCUUACAAAGUGUCAAUGACCGAGCUCUACACUUCAUACUAGCAGCCUGCAAGUGGCUCCAACCAGAGCUUUGGCACGACCCGGCCAAGGUUGGCCUGGUACAGUUCCUGCUUGAGAACAAUCAAAGUGUGCCGCCUGAAGCACCAGCACCAGCCAGCGACUUUGUCACACUUACAAUGAACGAGUUGCAGGCUUUCACGGAAGCCUUUGUGUCGAACAUGCCCGACGUAGUGCGAAGACUGAAGGCGGAAGAAGAUGAUCGAAGACGGAUGAAGUUCACAAUGCCUCCUACGGACGCGAGUGGCUACGAACCGGACAUGGAGCGCUUCAUGCUCGUCAUGGCGUAUGCUUAUCAGGACGAUCCAGACAGCGCCGAGGAUUUCUGGUCGGACAAGGAGAGCAAUCUGUACGGCUUUCUGAGAUGGGUUUCGCAACGGCUUCCUACCCCUCGUGUGGCUGCAUUUUGCGAGCUCUUGACCAGCGUCUCGAGUGACGAGAAGUCCGCCAACCACGCACACCGCUUCUUACUGGAAGACUCAACCAUGGUCUCUGGUAGAUUGCGCAAGACAUACAGUGUCAGUUGGGGCCAAAUUUUCGCCGAGCUCGAUACUUAUGCCUCGUCACUACGAGACAAGCCUGCCGCUCCUCAAGCUAGUAACCAGGAUGCUCAGGUCAAUGGUGCAGAUUAUAUCGAAGGUGUCGAGACGGGGAUUAUGCUGGAGGCCUAUCUUCGCCUGGCUUCUCACAUUUGCCGCACUAGCCCAGAAGCACGAAACUGGCUACUUCGCGAACAACCGUUUCACCUUGGCGAUAUCAUGUUUCAGCUAGCUUCAAGUGGCAUCGAAGGGCGCCUGCAAGCUUCUUGUUUCAACAUGCUGGCUGCUAUGCUCACGGACAAGGUGACUGAGGUCAACGAUGGCAUGUGGGUAAUGCUUGAUAACUGGAUAUCGGCAGGCGGCCCAGCGGGCUCAAAAAUGACACGGCCUACCACACAAGCGCAAGGUGUCGUAUCUGAGAAGCAAUAUCUUCAGCGGUUCGGCGAUCGGCCUGAAACUGCGACCGCUGUGGUCACAUUAUUGAACGCGCUCGUACGGCCAUCGUCUUCUCCCUGGAACGCCACGUUGGAUGCUCUACCAUUUCCGGAGAAUCUGGGCGCUCCACAUCGACACGCUGGAAUUGAUGCCUAUGUCGACUUUGCCAUAGGCAUAGUGUUUAGACGCUCUCUCGACUACCUAAGUGCCGGCUCUGAACCUGAUGAGAUCAGCGUCUUGCGAUAUGCGUGCCUUGACUUCAUGGUCCAAGCACUCUCGACUUUUAACGAGGAUCUGCUGGUACUGGCGAAUGCGACAAACAUCGCCGUCGACGCCACUAUCCGUGUCUCAUCUCUGUCUACAUACGCCAAACUACAUCCGUUCGCUAGAGUCAUGGAGUGGCUGUUCAACAACAACGUGAUUACGGCCUUGUUCGCGACCAUGCAGCAGGAUCUUACUCUACUGGACAGCUUCGGCCCGGGUACGCCAUUCUAUCAGGCGACAUUGAGAAGCGUCCAGGUCAUGAAUCUAGCAAUGAAAAUGCAAGCAACUUACUUCGACAUUGUGCGGCCCAUCAUCAAGACUCAAUCCGGAACACGUGCGACAUCUGUGGCUAACGCUGCAUUCGCUUCCUUCGACGAUGUAAUGCAGAGCCAUAUUUCUGCUGUUGUCGACAUUGCGGGCUACGCUGCGAGCGAUCAUGCUGAGCUUAGUCUGGAAUCGUUGGAUCUGCUGCAGAAGCUCGCAGCAUCACGCAAGAUCUCGGGUGCUGCUGACGUUGGAAUUUCGAGUGGUCGGGCUGGGAACAGGCUGAUCAGUGCAUUUGGCAAUGCUGGAGAUGACGUAGCCAGUGAGAUCGCUCCAAUAUUUCAGAUCAGCGACAUCGACAUUGAGACGGGAGAACAAACACUCAAAGUCAUCAAGGCCCAAGCUGUUGCAGACAUGCUUGUUGCGGGCCUUGAUGCCUCACCAGGCCGACCGACCAUAGCUCACUGUCUGUUGGGCUUAUCUUGUGGAGAACGGACAGUGAAGGUCGAACCUCACGGCUUGUUCAGCCGGGGACAAUCUCUGUUUCACACAAUUGCAACUUGCGGCGUCACUACUCCAACGGUCAUACCACCCAGCAAUAUAUCGUGGCUGCUCGCCCUGAAGCGCAGCUGCCUUGACAUCGUCCACAAGCUUGCCUUGUCGCCUUUGACGUCGAGCCUGGUUCAACCGGAGCUGCUUUCCAUGGACUUCUUGCUUGCUCUCGCGUCAAGCCAAGUACCCGUCACAGCAUUCCCCUUGUUCGAUAGCCGAGCUUGUCACGAUGGCGAUGUCCUCCUCGAGACCUCCGCGAGCGCGAUCCGAGACUUCCUAAAGUGUCGCGAACUCUUCUUCCAACACGGUACACUUCAGCUGAGGUCAGCCAGUGAUCAAAAUGCAUACUCGAUACAAGAGUCUACAAUGAGCAUCCUGUGCGGGACCAUACGAUCGGACACUGGAGAGACAGAAUCGACCGCGAGUGUGUUCGACCUCUCGGACUUCAUGGACUUAGAAACAUCGUCAACGUUGGGACUCGCACAUCGCUUUCUUGUCGGAGUCGACCUAUCCUCAUGUAUCAAGGCCGGUGCGGAGGCUGGCUUGGCAUAUGAUCUGAACAUGGCUGAGCAACUGCUUAAUUUUCGAAAGCGGGAGCUCAUCAGCAGUGGGAGUAUCAAAGAUCCUGCUGAGGAGCAGCAGCUUGGAGAUGAGAUUGCAGCCACACUUGCCUCCCUGCUCAGCGAGAACAACCUCAGCGCCAUCCAGCAAACCCGCUUGUCGUCCCUCGAAUCCUGGACAGAAUUGGUCUCCUUAAUGAUGACAGCAGGUGGCCUCCAGGACCGGAAGCUCUCGGACUUGGCCUUACAAGGCUUCCAGACUGUCUUACCACGUUACGAAAAGGCACUCACCGAGAACCCGGACUUUGCUGCGCUAUUGGCUAAGUUGACCCUAGCGCUUGUGCAACCUGCUACAGCUAUACUAAAUAAUUCGACUGAAACUGCCAGUACUGCUCACGAGAGGCUCAUGGCGGCAUUCAGGAUAUCGCUCAAAACAUUGACAGAAAGCAGCACCGGCUUGGGCCUGAGAGAUGUCUGCUACAGAAGCUGUAUCGCAGUAAUCGGAUGCCUUCCCCUUCAGAAUACAAAUAACAGCAAGGUCUCUGCUUCACCACAUGCCCGGCAGCUACUUGUACUCGUUCAGAAUGCAGGCGACCGUGUGCUGGCUGUGAGCACUGAGGAUGCCUUCUCCGGACGAGGAUCAACGCGUGUUUCGGCUGUGCUCUUCCUGGAUGCGUUAAUGGCAAUGUCACAAGCCGGUGCCGUCAACUCCAACAUGCUUCGCGCGCUAUCGAAGCUCAACUUCGUCCCGGUGCUCAUUGAUACCAGCAUUGGUAGCGUGGCAUCGUCGUUCCAAGCUCAGAACGAAGAGCUUGCUACAAUGCUCGCGUACUUCCACACGGCGCUGGCGCUAUUGUUGCGAAUUUGCAGUACCACAGAUGGUACGCAACUUGUGCUCAACAGUGGUUUCUUCUCCUCAAUCAGCGACAGCCGUCUUUUCAGUACUGACCCAGACAUCGGCCUCGAUAUCGACAAUCCAGUAGCCUUGAGAGAGUUCUACAAGCUGCUUUCCGCGGUGUUAAGAGUGGUCACUGCUACAGUCAUGACUCGUGGCUCUGGCAAUGCCACGACUGUGCAAUUGGCCAAAGGUUUCUUGCAGCAGAACAGAUUCAGCAUACAAGCAGUAUUCAAGCGCACGAGCUCUGUGCACAGAACAUCUGGCCCGCCGGAGAAGGAGGCAUUGCACGUCGCCGAAGAGUUUAGCAAGCUAAUGCUCGUGACCGGCUUUCUAGAUGAUGACGAGUCUAGUCAGCAACGAACCGCCAGGUUGACGGGGUUCACGUGA